UAAAGUAUAUAACCCUGCUUUUCACGUCUCCACAGGUGAGGUGUCAAGACUUUUUUCACCAUACCCUCGCAGCAAUACAGUGUCCUCUGUCACGCGCAGACGACAGACUUUAAUAAAGCCAUGCACCAAAAAGAGUUACACUCAUAAGUUUUACUGUUUGAGUGGACGACGUGACUGCAAAGUACCUCAGCAGUGGGAAAGAAUGGAACUUGAAUGCUCAGGUUUGGGAGAAAAAAGGAUAAUUUUCCCAGAUAAGUUCUGCACAUCUGAUGAAUUCAAGUCCACGUUGUUUGCGGAGUUUCCAAAACUGAAAGAUGGUGGGGGUUUUGAAUUGCUCAGACCACAUGGGGCAACAAGGACAAAAACUCUACAAGUCAUUCCCUGUCCAUCAGAAGGGUAUACACCACAUUAUCUUCAAGACACCAUUGGAAUAAAUUCAGCGACUGUAUAUGUAAGGCCUCUUCAGAAAGACCUUGACAUGGAACCAGCUGAACCAAAUUGUGAAUCUGGCCCCCCUAUACAGUGCAUUUACUGUGAUGAAACAUUUAGCCAUGCAGAAAUACAGGACCAUGUGGACAAAUGUAUCUUGUCAGCGAAAGAGAAGAGUGCUGAAGAACACGAAAACAAAAACGGCAAAAACUUUGACUGCCAGGAGAUUAUUGACCUUGAAGACAUUGACGAGGUUUUAGAAGAGGGCUGUAGCAGCAGGCAAGAGCAUGAGGAGCAGGUUUCAGAAAGGAGUCAUAGCAGCAGAGAGCUGUGUCAUGAUCUUGCACUUGAUGGGAGGAGUAACAAGGGACCGGAUUCGAAAAUGGGCAGUGAGGAUACUGAAGACUGGAGAACUGAGCCUGACUUAAACCGUGCUGCUUUUAUAUUUCGACGUUCUGCACUGCAAGAAAUGGAGAAUCAACCAGAUCUUGUGGCAAAGAUGAAUCUACUUAAAAGUCCUGAAGAGAGAGAAAGAGAAAUACUGACAUUUUACAAAAACCCUUUGACCAACUGCACGUCCAUUGUCUGUUGUACUUGGGGGGGAUGCUGCCUUUGGAGAUGGCGUAAAACGCCAUUUUUUUUCCUUUGUUAUGUCAAGAGUGCAGUAUGGAUUUGGGCUGAAUCUUGAAAACUGUGGUAAAACAUUGUUCUUUAAUGGACAAGAAGACCAUUUGGUGCCUUCCACUUCUCGGCUAUUACUUGAUAGUGACCUUUUCCGUGUCAUUGGACGCAUGAUUGGACAUUCCUUCUUACACGGUGGUCCCUUUCUCACUGGUUUGAGUCAGUCUUUGUUCAAUCUGCUGAUUGGACAGAAGGAUGAGGUAGCUGUUGUAGAACUAGAAGACUGCCCUGACACUGAUGUGACUGAUAUUGUUUCACUUCUUCAAGGGUCUGGUAAUCUGACAGAAGAUGAACGUGACCAAGUAAAUCAUUUGGCAAUCAGCUGGGAUCUCCCACCAGUUAAUGAGAACAACAGAAAGUGGUUGGCACAAAGUAUCCUUUACCAUGCAGUCAUUGUUCGAAGGGAGAAGCAAAUUCGUCAGAUCAGACAGGGGUUAAAAGACACAGGAGUCUUGUGUAUGAUAAAAGAACGGCGUGAUCUGAUUGAUGUUCUUUUUCCAAGAUCAUCAGCGAAAAGGAUCACUUCAGAGAUGAUCCUCGACAGAACUAUAUGGCCAAGAGUUGACAGUGAUGAUGAAGAGUAUGGUGACUAUACU